UAGCCUUUGGCGCUAUUUCGACGAACGCGCGAAUUCAACUGAAGCAAUCGAUGAAUCGAUCAAAAUCCCAAAAAUCGAAAUUUCAUUUACGAAAUUAUUGAACAGAUCACAAGAAAAUUUUGAUUCGAUUUAAAUUCACUUGUUUAUGAUAAAAUUUUCAUAAUUUUACAGGGGAAAAGGUUAUAUAGGAAAGAUGUCAUUCUCGUUUUUCAGGCAAUCGAGGCCUAAAACCCCGCAGGAGUUGGUGAAGGCGAUCAAGGAUAGUCUCAUGGCGCUCGACUCCCAAACUGUAGCUGAAGUGAGAGCCCUGGAAAAGGCUUUGGAGGAAGUCGAGAAGAACAUAGUGGCGAUGAGAGUUAUGUUGACAGGAGAUGGUGAAGUUGGGCCAAGUGCAGAUCAGAUUUCACAGCUGACACUUGAAAUCUGUAAUCAAGAUGCAAUUCCUCUAAUUUUUGACAAUUUACCCAUUCUGGGAUGGGAAACUAGAAAAAUUUUGGUCCAGUGUUGGUCUCUAUUGCUUAAGCAAAAGGUUGAUUCUGUCUUUUGCUGUGCACAAUACAUGGAGAACCAUCUAGAGUUGCUUGACUUCCUUCUUGCUUGCUAUGACAACAAGGAAAUUGCUGUGCACUGUGGAAAUAUGCUGAGGGAAUGCAUCAAAGUACCAACUCUUGCAAAAUACAUAAUAGACUCUCCCAGCUUCGAGUUGUUCUUCAAAUUUGUUGAGCUACCUAAUUUUGAUGUUUCAUCUGAUGCAUUUGCUACAUUUAAGGAUUUGCUCACUAAACAUCCGCCUGCAGUUUCUGAAUUCCUGACUGCUCACUACAAUGAGUUUUUUGAGCACUAUGAAAAACUCUUGAUGUCGGCUAACUAUGUUACUAGAAGGCAGUCUUUGAAGCUUCUCUCGGAAUUUCUUUUGGAAUCUCGAAAUUCCCAUAUAAUGAAGCGCUACAUUGCAGAGACCCACCACUUAAAACUCAUGAUGAUAUUGCUGAAGGAUUCAAGCAAAAACAUCCAAAUAUUGGCCUUUGAUAUUUUCAAGAUUUUUGUGGCUAACCCGAAUAAACCUCAAGAUAUAAAAGUAAUCCUCGCCAAGAACCAUGAAAAGCUAUUAGCGCUGCUCCAAAAUCUAUCUCCUGGCAAAGGUGAUGAGGAUGAUGAAUUUGAAGAGGAAAAGGAAAUGAUAAUGAAGGAAAUACAGAGACUAGCUAGGCUCCCAAAUCUCACAUCUUAGGUGCAAUUUCCACCUAUAAAUUUUGAUUACUAUCUCAUUGAUUUUAAAAUAGGACCACUAUUUGGCCAUUAUUUCAUCUCUCCUUGUAUCAAGCUAGCAUCUUCAGCAUCAAACAGCUGGCUAGAGAGGAUCAAAGGAACUCAGCAUCCUAUAUUGAUGAGAGUAGUUGUCAUGUUAGAACAAUACAUGCCAAAACUAAGGCCAAAAGGUCAUCUGUUUAUUGCAUUUCAUACUUCACUUUUUCUUCUGUGUUCGACGUAUUGGAGUAAAGGCGGCAACGUGUACGCUGUAGGUAAGAAUGCUUAUCGGGGCUAUUACAGUUUCUGUUAUUGAUAAUUGAAUUACAUCCUUCAUACUUUGUUCAUCUUGCUGUACAAAUGUAUGUCCCCAUAUUAAACUUCACAGAUUCUUCCAAAGAGAUAAUUGCUCCAAACA